AUGUCAAAAAUUAAUAUCAAAACUACCUUCGAAGUGGCAAACACAAUACGCCCGAUUUAUACGGGCGGUAGUGUUGCAAUCGACGCCAGCGGCCGGCUUUUGGUGACUUGCGUUGGGGAAGAUGUCCUAAUUACCGAUUUAAAAACUGGAGGGCAACUGGCGACGAUUGAGGGGGAUGGAGAGUUAGUUACAAGCUUGUCAAUAACUCCGUCAGCAUCACAUUUAGUAAUAUGCUUGCGAUCGUUGUCAAUGCGGAUUUUCUCCUUGGCACAGUCCGACGAGCCCUCCUUAUCGAUACAACCGGACCUCCUAAGAACCCUCAAACCUCACACGGCGCCCGUGGUAACUUCCGCUAUUGAUGCGACCGGAACGUUGUUGGCCACGGGCAGCUCCGACGGGUCAAUAAAAAUAUGGGAUGUGCGACGGGGAUUUGUGACACAUACUUUUCAUGGCCACGGAGGAGUGAUAUCCGCCCUAUGCUUUUUUGAAGCAGCAAGAUCCAAUACCGCUAAUGAGGGUUCCGAUAAUAAGAAGAGCCAAAGGUUUAAGCGCUCAUCCAAUGACGACGAAAUGAACACCAUAGGGUUCCGCCUCGCGUCGGCUAGUGAGGAAGGCAAAAUCAGGGUGUGGGAUCUUCAUAAAAGGAAAAGUAUCGCUUCGCUUGAUUCACAUGUUUCCGUUGUGCGUAGCCUAUCAUUCUCGACUUCGGAAAAUACGCUUUUGUCCUCCAGCCGAGAUAAGACGUUGAUUCUAUGGGAUGCCAGGACCUGGAAAACACGAAGAAUUAUCCCAGCCCUUGAAUGUGUUGAAGCUGCAGGUUUUCUGUCAGAUGAAUCGCUCUGUUUCUCUGGCGGAGAAAAUGGCCGACUGCGAAUAUGGGAUCCAAAUAGGGGAAGCGAAGUCACAAAGGACCAAGAUCCUGGCCCGGAACAAGAAAGCAUUAUUAUAUGCCUAUAUUCUGCAAAUUUACCAUGGGUCAUGACGGUCCAUGCUGAUCAGACUCUGAGACUACAUCUGACGGAACCCCUUUUGUCGUUAAAGCCAGGCAUGAAGAUCAACCCACUACCUAUAGUGCGUCGUAUAUCUGGAAACGACGAUGAGGUUAUCGAUUUAGCCUGUAUCGGCCGUGAUCGAUCCUUGGUUGCGUUGGCCACCAACACAGAAUACAUAAGAAUUGUAUCUACGCAGCAGCAAGAUGCUGCAUGUUCACGGCUUGGGGGCGAACAGAAUUAUUUUGGUUCAGAAGUCGCCCAUUUGGAAGGGCAUAAGGAUAUUAUUAUUUGCCUUGAUGUUGACUGGUCUGGGUGCUGGUUAGCAACCGGUGCCAAAGAUAAUACGGCACGGUUAUGGCAGAUUGACCCUGAGUCAUCAUCUUUCACCUGUUUUGCAAGCCUUACUGGUCAUGCAGAGUCCCUAGGUGCUAUUACCUUUCCCCGAUCCCCCCCCCCGUCAAGCUCUCCAGCGUAUAAAGAUCCGCUAAACCAUCCACCACCUUUCCUUUUCACUGGAUCUCAAGACCGUACCAUCAAAAGAUGGGACACUUCUAAACUAUUAGCGCCCAAAGACCAGAACAUCAGUGUACCAAAGGCAAUUUAUACCCGGAAAGCCCACGACAAGGAUAUCAACGCUCUUGACAUCAACUAUGCCUCCAGCCUAUUCGCUUCAGCCUCCCAAGAUCGCACCGCAAAAAUUUGGUCAGUGGAAAACGGUUCCGUUCUAGGAAUUCUCCGGGGCCACAAACGAGGUGUUUGGUCUAUCCGAUUCGCUCCUAAAGACACCCCAGUUAUAACCUCGGAUUCAGGUGCCAGUACAAGUCGGGGUGUCGUUGCUACUGGUUCAGCGGACAAGACCAUCAAGCUCUGGAGUCUUUCAGAUUACAGCUGUCUCCUCACUUUCGAAGGACAUACGAACAGCGUUCUAAAACUGCUUUGGCUACCACCACCACGAAUUGAUAGCGACAAUGAAGAUAUAUCUUCCCGCGGCGCUGUCCAGGUCCACCCUCUUGUCGCCUCAGCUGCUGCCGACGGAUUAGUUAAGAUAUGGUCCCCGUACACUGGUGAAUUGGAAACCACCCUUGACAACCACGAGGACCGUGUCUGGGCGUUGGCAACACCUCUUGUUUUCUCCUCAGACACCAAUUACAACGCUGACCCCCCCGAUUUUGCUCUAAUAUCAGGUGGAGCCGACUCAGUCGUCACAUUCUGGAAAGAUACCACAUCCGCCACGCUGUCUGCAGCAGUAAACGCCAAUUCCGAACGGAUUGAGCAAGACCAACAGCUGCAGAACUACAUACAUGCUGGCGCCUACCGUGAAGCCAUCACCCUUGCCUUACAACUCAACCAUCCGGCCCGGCUCCUAUCACUCUUCACCACAGCUAUGGACGCAUCCCAAACAGCAGAUGGCGAACAGCAGCAGCAGAGCCUGACCGGAAAUCCGGACAUUGACACUGUUCUUCAGUCUCUCGACAAGGAUAAUCUCUACUCACUUCUUCUCCGCGUUCGUGACUGGAAUACUAAUGCCAAAACUGCUCCCGUUGCACAGCGUAUUAUCUAUGCAUUGUCCAAGUCAUACCCACUCUCGACCUUUGUCGACCUAGCUAGCCAUCGCCGUGCGCCACCAUCAGGUGCUGCAGCGGGCGGUCGGAAUAAGUAUAAGGCGCAGUCCAUGAAGGAUAUUCUGGAUACUCUGGUGGCAUAUACGGAACGACAUUAUAAGAGGAUUGAGGAGCUUGUGGACGAGAGCUAUUUGGCGGAGUGGGUCCUUGGGGAAAUGGAUGGGGGCAUUAGUGGUGCUGCGGGUGAGACGGGGUUGGGACAGGAGCAAGAUGUGAGAAUGAUUGGAACUUGA